UCAAAAUUUUGCUAUAAAUUAGUGAGACUUGGGCAAGUCUGGUGCAAGAUUAAGGGGAAAUGGAGAGUAGUACUAAACUUCCAGUACACGUUUGUCAUGUCAAGAAAACUGAAAUGGUAAUAAACAGGCUUCACAUUUUCCUCCAUGGAAUUGCUUUAUUAGCCCUGUUUUAUUAUAGAAUCAUCACUUUCUCUCUUAUAAUCAAAACCAAGGAAACUCCUCUUGUUCCCUAUCUUAUCGUUAUCGUCUCUGAGAUUGUGCUCUCAUUUCUCUGGGUUAUGCACCAAUUAGCUACUCAAUGGAGGCCCGUUAAACGAACGGUGUAUCCAGAAAGAUUGCCGGAAGACGACAAGCUUCCGCCUAUUGAUGUGUUCAUAUUCACAGCCCAUCCGAGCCAAGAACCCUCUCUACAGGUGAUGAACACUGUUUUAUCGGCUAUGUCUCUGGAUUACCCUCCUGAUAAGCUCUCUGUUUAUCUCUCGGAUGAUGGCGGCUCUUAUGUGACUUUAUAUGCUGUUCGAGAAGCCUGGAAUUUUGCAAGAUUGUGGAUUCCUUUUUGUAGAAAGUAUGCGUUAAAAAUUAGGUGCCCAGAAUCUUACUUUUCGGCUGAUGUGGAAAGUGCUGAUGAGAAGUUCACUGGCUGCAGCGAGUUCGCGGCUGACAGGAAGAUCAUCGAGAAAAACUAUGCUGAAUUUCAGGAAGCUCUGGAAAAGAACUCAGUAAAUGCAAACGCUUCUUAUAGCAGAAAUCAUCCGUCCAGAAUCGAGGUGAUAACUGAUGAAGAUAAGGAUUCCUACCCGAAAGAGAUGCCUCUUCUCGUUUAUGUCGCUAGGGAGAAGAGGCCUGAUCAUCACCACCAUUUCAAAGCCGGAGCACUCAAUGUUAUGCUCCGAGUAUCUGCAUUAAUGAGCAAUGCUCCAUACUUGUUGGUACUGGACUGUGACAUGUACUGCCAUGAUCCCUCAUCGGCUCGCCAAGCUAUGUGCAUUUAUCUUGACUCUGAGAUAUCUGCACAAAUCGGUUGGGUUCAGUUCCCUCAGAAAUUCCAUAAUAUCAUUAGUGAGCAUGAUAUCUACGACAGUGGGCAUAACUCAGAUUGGAGAGGAUUGCAAGGGGUAGAUGGGCUUAGAGGACCUAUGAUGUGUGGCUCCAACUUUUUCAUCAGAAGGGGAGCAAUCUACGGAACUGACAGAAUUCAGAAGGAUAUUGAUCUCAAGCAGCUAAAGAAGUCCUUUGGUUCAAGCAAUGAGUUCAUAAGAUCAAUCUACAAAAAUUGCAAACUACAGUUGCCAGAGGACCGACUAAACCCUGCUGGAGCAUUGCAGAAUGAGCUCCAACUGCUGUCAUCUUGUACCUAUGACAAUGACACAGAAUGGGGAAAAGAGGUGGGAUACUUAUAUAAUACCGUUUCAGAAGACAUGGUGACAAGCCUUGUUCUACAUUGUAGGGGCUGGACAUCUGCGUAUGUCGACCCAGCCAGACCAUGUUUCUUGGGUGUAUGCCCUACGAACCUGAAUGAUAUGUUAGUUCAACAGACACGUUGGGCAUUAGGCGCAAUGCAAAUUGCCCUAUCAAGGUUUUCUCCCCUCAUAUAUGGAGGAUUGAGGAUGUCGAUUCUUCAAAGCAUGUUUUACGCUCAAGUUGGUAGUCUCUACGUUGUGCCCUUAUGCGGUUUAGCCGUCAUUCCUCAAAUCUGUCUGCUUUAUGGUAUUCCUCUAUAUCCCAAGGUCUCCGAUCCAUUUUUCCUUUUGUUUGCCUUCAUAUUUAUAUCAUCACAAUUCAAGCAUGUGCAAGAGGUCUUCUCCUAUGGAGAUUCAUUCAGGCAUGCAAUCAUUGAGCUGAGGGUUUGGAUGAUGAGGUCAGGCGCGAGUUACGUGUAUGCAUUUUGGGAAGCGAUGAUGGAGUGGAUCGGUAUGCACAAAACAAAUUUCGUUCUAACGGGCAAGGUCGUUGACAAAGAACGAGCCAAGCUUUAUGAGCAAGGCAUAUAUGAUUUUCAAGCAACGCCGCUGCUGCUCGUCCCGAUGUGCAGCCUGUACAUUUUUAAUUUGGCUACCUUUAUUAUUGGAAUCCCAAUGAUCUUUCACAAGGGCGAUGAAUUGUUGGCACAAGCUGUUCUCCCAUUCUUUGGGAUAAUUGUGAAUUACCAUUUGCUUGAAGGGAUGGUCUUCAGGAAGGACAGUGGCCGCAUUGCACUGUCUGUUAGUCUGCUGUCUAUUGCAAUUUCUUCAGUCAUCUUCUGUUGUGGAUCUCUCCUUCUCCUUUACUAAUCAAGAGGAUGUAAGCCCCAAUAUUUAGUAUAGGUUUCGUGGUUUAAGGUUGAAGUCUUAGGUUAAGAAUUAAUAAGUUUGAGGUUUUAUGUUGAAUACAUGGAUCCUUCACGAUUGAAGGUUCUAGCAUGAAUUGUUGGAUGAUAGGCCUGUUAAGAAGAAAAUACUUCAUUAUUUAAUAAUAGAUAAAUAAAAAAUAA